AUGAACAGCACCCCCAGGGGUGCCCAGGCCCCGAGCUACCGCGAGUGCCUCCUGCCUCCCAUGGCCCGGAACCCCUCUGUCACCCAGGUCACGCCAGCUAAAAAGAUAACAUUCCUCAAGCGAGGGGACCCCCGGUUUUCUGGGGUUCGCCUGGCUGUCCACCAACGCACCUUCAAGAGCUUUGGCACGCUGAUGGAUGAGCUCUCCCAGCGCGUACCUCUCUCCUUUGGGGUGCGCUCCGUCACCACCCCCAGGGGCCUGCACAGCCUCAGCGCCCUGGAGCAGCUGGAAGAUGGUGGUUGCUACCUCUGCUCGGAUAAGAAGCUCCCCAAGACCCCCGGUGGACCAGGCCGGCCAUGCAGCAGAAACCCCUCUGCUCAGCAGUCUCAGGAUGUUGAAGGCCAGUGUGAGGUGUCCGGGUCAUCCUCUUUCUGGAAAAAUCCGAAAGCUCCAAGGAGGGUGAUGUUGGUUAAGAAUGGGGACCCUCGAUCCCAGCAGACAGUGGUUCUCAGUCCCAGAGAUACGAGGAGCCUGUCGGCCUUUCUCAGCAGAGCCUCAGGCCUUCUGCACUUUCCCGUGAAGCAGGUGUACUCGCCCGAUGGGGAAAAGGUGGAUUCUCUGAAGGCUCUAUUGCAUAGUCCCUCGGUGCUAGUGUGUGCUGGUCAUGAGCCCUUCAGACCUCCAGUGAUGGAAGGUGCCAGAAGAAGUGGGACUGGAACUUUAUCAGGACAGACUUCAAGGAACAAAAAUGGGAGCUGGGGCCCGAAGGCCAAGCAGAGCGUGAUCCACUCAAGGUCCGGGCUGGGCAGCAGGCAGCGGCGGUUUUCCCUGCUGUCCGAGAGGUCUAGUCUCAGCGAGCCUCUGGCGUCCCGGCAUCGCACCCAGAUGGGCCCUGGUCCCGACAGGCACCCUCAGGACACGCCUGCCCAGCUCGGCCCUCUGGUGGCUGGUGAUGACGUUGAGAAGAAGGUCCACCUGAACGAGGAUGGCAGCCUGUCUGUGGAGAUGAAAGUCCGAUUCCACCUACUAGGCAACGACAUGCUCCUGUGGUCCAGGAGGACCAGAAGGGCCAGUGAGGAGGGCUCUGCUCUGGGGGAGGCGGACCCCCUCCACUGUGUGUGGGAGGGCCACCCUGGGGGCUCUUCAGAGCCUGGGGCAAAGGGACUGGGGACCCGAGAGGCAGGAUGCAUGGAAAUCUUUGAACAAGGCCAGUGGCAGCCAGCAUCCAGAUACGAGAUCUGGACAAACCCCCUGUAUCCGGCCCAGGGAGAGGGGACAUCCUCUCAGGGGAGGUCCAAGCUGGCCCAGCAAUCCCCCUCCAGGGGCCCCUGGAGUCAAGGGGUGGCUGGCAGGAAAAGAAGCAGCAAGGACAGUGUCAGCCCUGCCUCCAGUGACAGACCUCCAGAAGGCUCUGAAACAAACUCCUGCUGCUGCUCCGCAGAGGGCAGCUUGGGCAGCUGUGGCCUGCACCCGGCCUCUGGGGCUGCCUCCCAGGAAGGGUCAGGCGGGGAAGCUGGUGGCACACCUGGGGCUGGUGAGGGCCUAGGUCCAGAGGGAGCAGGGCCGGGCAGCAGGGGCCACUGCUACCUGGAACCCAGGACCCAAGGCGUGGCAGGUGCCCUUUCUGACUCCACAGCAAGUUCUAGGUCUCACAAGGAGUCCAGCGAAAGGGGUGAGUGGCACCACGGCCGCCCCAGCAAGACAAGGGCAGUGACUUCCCCACGGAAGGCCACCCAUGAGGGAGGACCCUGCUCCUCCACUGUGAAUCCCUCAUCUCUGAGGAACGAGGACCCACAGGCCGAGGGGAGUGAACAGGGCACUGGAUACCCGCAGGCCAAGGAUGGGUCUGGGGCAAGACUGCCCCUGGCUUCUGGCCAUUUUGGCUCUGGGGACACUGUAGAGGGCUGUUGCUUACCUUCCACCAGCGCUUCAGCCAAAGGCAGGAGAACGAAGCAGGAGAGCAGAGCUAGUACCCUGUCCUCACCCAGCAUUUCUGGCCUUGGCCGAGGGGCCCAGAGAGGCCACCCCAGGCAGCACCACAGCCAACGGGACACCCACUGCCAGCUCGACUCACCUGUGUCCAGGCAAACGCUGGGGCCUUCUAGCACCAGCAGGGUCUGCCCAGCCGGCCCAGCAUCAUGCUUUUCUGGAAGCUCAUCUAGCGCCAAGAACCAAGCUUCCCGGGACCCAGGAGCACCCUCCUCUGCUUCUCGUAACUCCCACGAUGCACGAGGGGUCAGCAGUGCCCCCCUUACUCCUGUGAGCAGUUCAGACUGUGCUUCCAAUUUCUACCCCCCAUUCUCUCCCUCUGCUGAGACCAAAGGGAAUCCCGAGUUCAGGGCACACGCACCUUCCAACACGUCGGACUCUUUCAGCUCCAGGGGCGCUGACCCCAAGCCUUCCCGGCCCUGGAUUCUGCCAGUUGGACAGCAUGAGUGGGGGAAGCCAGGAGCCCACCGAGGGGGCUGCUACUCACAGAUGGGCACAUUCCUGGUCUGCAGGACCCCCGGUGCUGAGGCGCAGGCCUUGCAGGCCUCCCAGCCUCAGGGCAGCCAGGGGCCCCUCUCUGAGCCCUGCCUGCUGUGCAGUGGGUACUGUCCCGCUCCACCCAGGGCACGGCCCUCUGCCAAGAAACACCCUUCAUGCAUUAGCAACAGAGUCCCCAGUGCUGACUGGGGGCCAGGGGGUGCCGAGCAGGGGGAAGAACUGCUAAACGUGCAGUGCCCACACACCCCCAGCUCUCAGUCAGGGGGCAUGGGGACAGCAGUCAGAGCAGCGAGAAGGGGCAGCCCCAGCCUAGGCCGCCAGCCUGGGAGAAUAUUCCAGGGACAGGUGGCUGGCGGAGGGGAAGGUCUGGAGGAGCAAGAGGGCAAUGGUGUCAUGACACCAGGUGCUCUGCCCCGAGCCUCGCCAGAAGCCGUGGUCCGUGAAUGGCUGAGCAACAUCCCGGAGGAGCCUGUACCCAUGAACUAUGAGGUGGUGGGUGACAGCAUGGAUGUGGCAGGGGACAGCCUGGAGGGCCCCACAGAAGACCCUGCUGACAAACACUGUCCGGAAGGCCUGGAGGAGCCAACUCAGGCCAGACGACCAUCUCUGGAAGGGGUCCUUAGUGAAAAGGCAGAACCAGAAGGUGAGCUCCCAGUGACUGAUGAUACUGGUCCCCAGUCAGGAGAGGGUCUUCCUCAUAGCAGGGUUGCUGAAGCCCCCAAGGAGGCUGGAGUACGUGAAGGAGCAGCUGGGAGCUGUGGUGAGGGCCAGUGUGUGCUUCCCAGCAGGAUCUCUGCCUCCAUACAGAUCAUGAAAGCACUGAUGGGCUCCAAGCAAAGCCGGCCCAGCAGCCUGCCCGAAGUGUCAGGCCCGGUGGCCAGGAGGCUCGGCCACACUGCCCAGGCCCUUAUAACCUGUCUCGCCAGGCUCCAAUUCUUCGAUGAAGACCUUGGGUCUCCCGCUGGCAAAGUGAGGUUCACAGACUCUCCUCGGUACCGGGAGCUCCUGAGCACCUUCCAGGUCCUGUGGCCGGGGUGUGGCCUCGGGCGAGGCGAGCUGGACUCAGGCCUCCCGGAGUUGGGCAGGUGCCGGGCUCUGCCAGGCCCCGGGUCCCACGCUAUGACUGAGGGCUUCACACUAACAUCAUCCUCCGGUGUGGAUGUCGGGAGUGGUUCUGGAGGUUCAGGGGAGGGCAGCGGACCCUGUGCCAUGGACUGUGCCCUGGUCUCUGAGAGGACAGAGCGGCCCUUGGAAAUCCCCUACCAGAGGCCGGGUUCCAGAGCCUCAGAGGAGCCAAAGGAACUGGGAAGCCAAGAGUCAAGUGGUUGCACGGCCUCUUCAAGUUCCCAAGCACAGGCUUGUGGCACCAGGAAGGACAAGGCAGGAGGGAGCAGUGGGGAGCAGAUGUUGGGCAGUUACCUGGACCAAGUAGCUGAAAACACGGUGCAAGAAGAGGCAGUGCAAUUAGAGAAAAUACAAGAAGAAAAAGGAAGAGCAGAGCUGCAAGGAGAGGGUGCCAGUGGGUUUCCAGAAGAGGAAAGAGCCAGGAGACAAGCAUUACCAGGGGCUGGCUCUCAGGACCUGGAGGGUGCGCGGGAAGAUGAGAGCGCGCAGGAAGAGGGAGCAGGAGGAGACCCUUCCUCCGCUGGGCUGCGCCCUCCAGGGAGGAGAGAGAAACGUGCAGAGACCCUUGGGAGCCUCGCUGAGAGAGACUCAAAUGCCAGUGAGAGUCAAAGUGGGCCCAACGCUGAGCCUGGUUUGGAGAAGCUGCCCAGAGCAGCUGAGACAGACCAUGAGCAAACGCAGGCCACGUUCACCCAGGGGGCUGGAGAGAAGGGCACUUCUACGGCUCACAGAGUGUCUCUGGACCCUGACCCCCUCUGGGUGUCCAGUCUGCUGAGGAAGAUGGAGAAGGCCUUCCUGGCCCACCUGGCCAGCGCCACAGCCGAGCUCCGAGCCCGCUGGGGCCUGCAGAACAGCGACCUGCUGGACCAGAUGGUGGCUGAGCUGCAGCAGGACGUGAGCCGGCGGCUCCAGGGCAGCACUGAAAAGGAGCUCCGAAAGAUCCAGAGCCGGGCCGGGAGGAAGGUGCUGGGGCCUCCCAGGGUAGCCCUCAGGUGGGAGACGUCCCUGCAGACAGAGCAGCGCAGGCACCGCCUCCAAGGCCUGCGCAACCUCUCGGCCUUCUCCGAGCAGACCAGGGCCCAAGGCACCCCCUCUUUCUCCUUGGAGGACAUGCCAAACCUCAGUGGAGCCCUGGGGACCCAGCUGGGUGGGGACACUGAUAGGGAGGAGUUCUGUCCCUGUGAGGCCUGCGUGAGGAAGAAAGUGAGCCCUGGGUCCUCAAAGGACACAAUGGGCAUAGCCAGAGCACCCAUCAAAGAGGCCUUUGACUUACAGCAAAUUCUGCAGAAGAAAAAAGCAGGGUGUGCUAAUGGGGAGACAGCAGGGAUGGCCCCUGAGAAGGCAGGGAUGGAACCGCUUCAGAGGGACCCCUCGGGGACAGGGGCUGUACGUGAAGCUGAGGGAGGCCUGGAGCUGGGGUUAGGCGGGGGCCUGGGGACAGAGGAGGGGGAUGGGAAUGAAGGCAGCCAGACCCUCGACAGAGGUAAAGGUCCGGGAGGAGCAGAGGAUGCAGCCACUCAGCAGAGAGGAGGGAACACAGACCCCUCCACAGGCCACCACCUGGGGGCAGUGGAGUGGGAGGGGCAGGGCGUAGGUGACAACGACAAGAACACAGAGGAGGGCUGUGAGGCUGAGGUCCGUGUGGAGAGUGAAGCCUUGGGAGGAGGGACAGACCGGAUUGAAGUGGCCAACACCGACGGCAGCAUGAGGACGGUGCUCAUCUGGGAGAACCUUGACCGUCCCCGAGACAUUGUGGUGGAACCCACGGGCGGGUGA